UGUCGGUACGCGCAUGUAGGACGCAAGGCUUGCCACCUGGACCGUGAACAAUCCGCCCUCCUCCCUCCUUCCACGAUCCAUCCCUCUGAUCCUUGUCCCGUCUCACCGCGAAAGUUCUGGCCGCUCGCACAUCCCUAUGUCGUCCACGGCUUAUGUGCAUUAUCACACCUUGACGCGAGGUCAUGCUGGUACUAUUAACGUGUUGGCAUUCUCACCAGACAGCCAGUAUUUAGCGAGUGGUUCUGACGAUCGGUCGGUCAUCAUUUGGAAUGUACCUUCAGGAAAAAGUCUCUACCGGUUUUCCUUCGAAAGCCGCGUCGAUUCCCUGCUUUGGCAUCCUCGUUGGGAAGAGACACUGAUCGUUGCCUGCGAAAGUGGUUCCCUUCAGCAAGUGUAUGGCUUUUCAAUGGCACAUUACGGAGUUUAUGACAUCAACCUCGGAGUGCGAUCACAUAUAUAUUGUCUUGACUUCCACCCGUCUUCGUGCUUGCUCGCCGCAGGGGUUGGUCCGGAAGUUCAUAUGACGCGCGAGAUCAGUAGAAAUCAAUACGCCUGUGCAAGUAUGCGGCUUCCCGAACCCGCGGCUAACACCGACAUGGACGAUCCACGGUACCGUGCAGUCGCACUGAAGUUCAACGAAGCCGGAGGACAGCUAAUCGUGACUUAUCUGUCACAUGGGAUAGUUUGCUGGGACAUAUCAACUCGGCAGUCAAUUUGGCGCCUCGUCCCGCCCACGACGGACUAUGCCAUUGGUCACUCCGCGAUCAGCCCGGAUUACCGUCAGAUCGUUGUGCACAACUUUCAAGACGGGCUGCAACAAUACGCGAUCAAAGGGAAAGAGUCGCCUCAUCCAAUGCUCAAAUACUUGUUUGAUACGCACUCCGACUCGAAGCUUGCUCUGCAAGUCGCGUUUUUGCAUCACGGUCGGGCAGUCAUCAGUGGAACGUCUACGGGGAGAGUUUGUAUAUGGGAGACGGCAUCAGGUGACUACUUCCAACAACUGCCACACGAUGGUGAUACGAUCGUCGCCGUGACCGGAUGUCAACGAGGAGAGUUCUCAUAUGUCGCAACAGGAGCAGCUUCCAAGGGCGCUGAGACCUAUAUCAAGAUCUGGCGCGCAAAGAUUGCUGGCCUCUCGACGCCCCAGUACAUCAUUGCGCGUGCAACACUAUAUGAAGUACUAAUGCGAAGUUGGCAUAUUAUGCCCUGUUUAUCGGCUGACGAUACUCAGAAGAUCGUAUCUGGUAUCGUGGUGACGGUGGUAUCACUACUCAUUCCUUGGGCACUUUACAGGAUGAGCCUCCUGAUCCCAUGGAACCAAGUAGUCCAAUUCUCAGUCAUACAGGUGUGUCAUUAUGGUUGAGAACCCAUUCUCAUACGUUCAGAUGCUCCCAUAGGUCGUGCGAUUCUCGUAUUGGCUAUGCGGCGUAUUCCUUGACGUGGGUCGCAUGAUCGGCAUCGUGUUUGACUUUACAAUCCGUACCAUCACCGGAUGCUACGCAGCUAUCACCGCGUGGGCUACAGCGAAGGCACUCACGGCAUUGAAGUUGCCUCUGGACAUUUAUGAUAGAUUGCCACCGUCGUAACAUCAUCUUCCUCUCCGAACUACGGGCUGCUCAGGUCCACCUGAUUGUACGCUCUUCUUUCCUUCUGAAUAUGCCGUUCUGUCAUCCUUGUAUAUAAGGCCUUGAUUGUGUAUGUAUCUACGAGUCCUCUUGCUUGUGCGGCUGGUCUUGUUGCUCAGCGCUCAGUCCCCGGGGAUCAUUCGGACCUCCUUACUGUACGGCGUCUAUGAACCU